AAAAAACCCGAACUCGCAACCAUGCUAAGUUUAUUGUCCAGCCGUGGUGGCCAAUCAUCGACCAAAACGACGGGUCGGCAGAAGCCUCUUCAUGAUCUUCUAGCUGGAGGAAAAGUUGCCGAUGUUGUUCUAUGGGAAAACAAGUGGUUAUCAGCUGGGAUGCUUGCUGGGGUUACCGCGAUAUGGCUGCUCUUCCAGGUGGUGGAAUACCAUUUUGUCACACUCCUUUGCCACAUGGCUAUCGCAGCUAUUGUGGUGGUCUUCAUUUGGUCAAAUGGAGCAGCUCUACUUGGCCUGUCUCCUCCCAAGAUCCCUGAAGCUCGAUUCUUAUCAGAACAAGCCUUCAAAGAAUUCGUGGUGACCUUCCACUCCAAGCUCAGUCAGUUUGGGUCCAUCCUCCAUGGCAUUGCAUGUGGAAAGGAUCUCAAGGUGUUCCUCGUGGCAAUCGCCUCUCUCUGGAUACUAUCAGUGGUAGGGAGUUGCUGUAGCUUCCUUAGUUUCUUAUACUUUGUCUUUCUCUGCAUUCAGACGCUGCCGGCUUUAUACAAGCGAUAUGAGCAUGAAGUGGAUAACCUAGUUACCAAGGCAAGGCGUGAACUCGAGGAACUGCUUGCUAAAGUUAAUCAGGAAGUUCUCAAAAAAAUUCCCCGAGGCCCGGUGAAGGAAAAGAAAGUCCAAUGAACAUCUCAGGGUUUCACAGGGAGGACGAAGAUUCGUUGGCAAAUAGCAAGAAAUAUUUAUUAAUUUCUUUACAGAAGAUGUCAAAUAUGUGAACGUGCCAAAUUUAAAUUGUGAAGUGACUUUGCACCAGAUGUUAUAUAGUUAAAAGGAAAUGCAUGGUACUAUUGGCUGCAUUCUCCUCCUUCCCAUGAACAUGGAGGUGUCGCAUCUUUUACUUUGACAUGGAUAAUGUGAAUCACAAUUGA